AUGUUUGAGAACUUCAGAGAAAAACUUCACAUGGUGCAGCAGGAUUUAACAACAGGCUUGAAAACACUUGGCGACAAAUCAAAGGAAUCCAAAAGUAGUAGCAGCAGGAGGAAAUCCAGGUAUGAAGAAAAUCUUCAUCAUUGCAGUGCUGGACUCGACAUCCUCAACAGCUAUGAAGAGAGUUGGUUCCUGCUCCACAAAAAAACAAAAGACUGUGCUCAGGUAGCGGAGGCUGUCGACGGGGAUGUGGUGAUGCUGUCCGCGCACUGGGAGAAGAGACGAUCAGCACUGACACAACUACAGGAACAACUACAAAGCUUGCCUGCUUUUAUCAGUGAACUUGACGCCAUCACUACCUCAAUAGCUCAUCUGGAAGGUGACUUUGAGGAGAUGGAGAGCAGGCUGGUCUACUUGGAGACAUUGUGCUAUCAGUGUGAACAGCAGACACUAAAGCAGCAACACAUCGACCAACUAGAAAUCUAUAAGAAAAAAAAGAGGAGAGAAUUGGAGGCAUUAGAAGUGGAGCUGAAUGCCGAACAUGCUCAGAAAGUUUCCAAGCUUGAACAGGCCAGGCAGCAGAAACUGAGGGAACGGCAAAAAGUCUUUGAAGAAGCCUUUAACCAAGACCUGGAAAAAUACCGCUCAACUGGAUAUCUUCAGCACAGAGAACCGACAGACUCGGAUGUGGUGGUUCUAGAUCAAGUGACAAUAACCAACCUCUCAGACCAGGAGGCUUUGGAUGACUUUUUGAACUCUGCUGAUGAUUUAACCUCUGGUUCAUCACUCACCUCAGGUCCAGAUCUGAAGUCGGGCUCUUGGGAAUCCUUGAGCAGUCCACUGAGCCGAGUCCCGGACCUGGAAAACCAUUCUUCAGACAAAGUUUCUGAACAUGUCCAAGAUGAAGACUGCCAGAGUGAGGACAGCGACGAGCCCGUGGUGCAAUUAGACGAGGAGGACGUUCAGCUAGACAUGACUUUAGUUGGCCUGCAGGAUCUUGACAGAGUCCGGGCUUCUGAUGACAGUGACUCGCCAGAGGACAUACCGUGCGGGUAA